CCAACACUCACUCAUUCAUCAAUACCGCAUCGCCGAGUUUGGAAAAUUUGGCUGAGCUGCCACUCUACCUCAAGAACUGCCGCACAGUGCAACACAUCCUUCCAAGUGGCCAGCACAAUAUCUCCGAGCCUCAACUGCCGUCGGGACUCUUGGUCUUCACUCAUCUGCGAACUCCCUGAUGACCUCCAGGAUCUCUGCUCCUAGAGAAUUGGUCACAUCCAUGGUCCAAGUCGGCAGGCCACUUCGCAAUCUCCCAAAGCGUUCGGCCGGGAACACUCCUGCAGACAUGCCAGCAGCCGGCAAAUGUAGGCACAGCGACUACUGUUUCGAUGAUGGAAAUGUCGUUUUGGAGUGUCAAGGGACCCUCUACAAAGUUCAUCGUUCAUUACUCGAGCGGCACUCCCCCGUUUUCCGGGAAAUGUUCAUGCUACCUCAGCCCGAAGGGUCCAUCGAAGGCCUCUCCGAAGAGAAUCCCAUCACUCUCGAGGGAAUCGAAGCUGAUGAUUUCACGCGGCUACUCUCUCUGUUGUACCCUCCCGUCCUGGGAGAUUGCAAGAUCACCACCGUUGAGGAGUGGAUGUCUAUAUUCGAGCAGGCCGACCGUUGGCAGAUAGAUUGUCUUAGGGAUAAAGCGCUCGGGAAUCUGCGUAUGUCCUACAUCAGCCCUAUCCCCAAGAUUCUGUUCUGGAUGCGGUUCCGCCUUCCCGAAGAGGACAUUGUUCAGCCAUUCAUCGAUCUUAUCGCGCGACCGAACUCUCUGUCCCUUUCAGAAGCUCAGGCGGUUGGGCUAAAGCUUCUGGUGAAGAUAGCUUGCGCACGAGACAUGGCCCGCGAUGAAGGACUUUGUCCGCACUCAGGAGGCUUCAGCGUUAGGAGGGACGAGGCGCUCAGUAGGAUUGUACAUGAAGUCUUCUACCCCUCAUAGACGAAACCUGCGUCGUGGAGGCAAUACCGAAGAGAUACCCAGUCGCUAGUACAUUAUUUCGCUAUAC